GCCACGCCUUUUCCGCCAGCGGCGUGGCCUGGGCUACCCGGUGUUUAAAAGAGCUCUCGCGGCUGUUGCUAUCCUAACUCGUGUGCUUGGAGGCCAGACAGUCGACAUGGCGGCAGACGCGUUGCCGAUUGCGAAGUGGCUGUAUUGUGGGGCGCCCGCUGGGAGUCAGAGAGCUGCAUUGGUCCAGUUCUCCAACGGGAAGCUGCAGAGUCCAGGCAACAUGCGCUUUACCUUGUAUGAAAACAAAGAUUCCACCAACCCCAGGAAGAGGAAUCAACGGAUCCUGGCAGCUGAAACAGAUAGGCUUUCCUAUGUGGGAAACAAUUUUGGGACUGGAGCCCUCAAAUGCAACACUUUGUGCAGGCACUUUGUGGGAAUUUUGAACAAGACCUCUGGCCAAAUGGAAGUAUAUGAUGCUGAAUUGUUCAACAUGCAGCCACUGUUUUCAGAUGAAUCAGUUGAGAGUGAACUGGUACAAGAGAGUCAGACCAAAACUUACAGAGAAAAGAUGGAUUCUUGUAUUGAAGCCUUUGGUACCACCAAACAGAAACGAGCUCUGAACGCCAGGAGAAUGAACAAAGUUGGCGGUGAUUCUUUGAAUCGUGCGGUGGCUAAAGCUGCAGAGACUAUCAUUGAUACAAAGGGUGUGACUGCUCUGGUCAGUGAUGCUAUCCACAAUGACUUGCAAGAUGACUCCCUCUACCUUCCUCCCUGCUAUGAUGAUGCAGCCAAGCCUGAAGAUGUGUAUAAAUUUGAAGAUCUUCUUUCCCCUGCGGAGUAUGAAGCUCUUCAGAGUCCAUCUGAAGCUUUCAGGAACGUCACAUCAGAAGAAAUACUGAAGAUGAUUGAGGAGAACAGCCAUUGCACGUUUGUCAUAGACGCACUGAAGUCUUUGCCAUCAAAUGUGGAGAGCCGAGACCGCCAGGCCCGAUGCAUAUGGUUUUUGGAUACCCUCAUCAAAUUUCGAGCUCAGAGGGUAGUAAAGCGGAAAAAUGCCCUGGGACCUGAUAUUCCCCACAUCAUCAACACCAAACUGCUGAAGCACUUUACCUGCUUGACAUACAACAAUGGCAGUUUACGGAACUUAAUUUCGGAUUCUAUGAAGGCGAAGAUUACUGCAUAUGUGAUCAUACUUGCCUUGCACAUAAAUGACUUCCAAAUUGACCUGACAAUGUUACAGAGGGACUUGAAGCUCAGUGAGAAAAGGAUGAUGGAGAUAGCCAAAGCCAUGAGGCUGAAGAUCUCCAAAAGAAGGGUGUCUGUGGCCGCCGGUGGUGAAGAAGAUCACAAACUGGGCACCCUGUCCCUCCCGCUGCCUCCCGCCCAGACCUCAGACCGCCUGUCAAAGCGGAGGAAGAUUACCUAGAUGCCUGCUUUCCAGAUAGGAGAUUUUGGCUGCAUCGUAGCCACUGGCUGGUCCUAUUCAUUUCCAUUUUUAUUUUUUAAAAAGGAAAGGUCCGGACAUGGUGGCUCACACGUGAAAUCCCAGCACUUUGGGAGGCUGAGGUGGGAAGAUCACUUGAGCUCAGGAGUUCGAAACCAGUCUGGGCAACAUAGGGAGACCUUGUCUCUACUGCAAAAAAUAAAAAAAUAAAAAGUCAGGCCUGGUGGUGUGUGUCUGUAAUCCCAGCUGAGGCAGGGCAAUUACUUGAGCUUGGGAAAUCAAGGUUGCAGUGAGCUAUGAUUACGUGGCCUCACUCCAGCCUGGGUGACAGAGUGAGACUUUGUCUCUAAAAAGUAAAAUAAGGAAAAAAAGAAGCCUUGCUUUGGCACAGGUAUGAAGCCAGAAGCCAGAAUCUCAUUGAGCUGUCCUAUGCAGAAGUAUAAAGUGAUGGUCAGGUUGGACUUCA